UCUCCACUCCAGCCCGAGUCCGUCUCGCCGCUUCGUCAAGAUGAGCCAGUCCUGCCAGACACCCCAGGGACCCAUCUCCGACCUGGAAAGGGCCAUCGAUACCAUCAUUGAUGUCUUCCACCAAUACUCGAGGCGGGAGGGGGACAAAGAUACCCUGACCAAAGUGGAGCUGAAACUCAUGAUCGAGAAGCAGCUUGCGAACUACCUGAAGCAUGUGAAGAACCAGAUCUCCAUUGACCAGAUCUUCAAGGACCUGGACACCAACAAGGACCACCAGCUCAGCUUUGGCGAGGUGAUGCUCCUCAUCAUCAGGGUGACCGUUGCCACCCACGAGCACCUCCACUUCUGUGAGGACAAGCAGCAGCAGCACCACCACCACCACCACAACCACUGAGGCAGGCUGGGCUCAUCAGCACCUGCCGAGCAGCAAACCCACAGCUGCCCCCACCACCCCGCUCUGCCUCCUAUCUCCUUGCCUCCUCCCAGGUCCAAUGGUUUUGCUGCCAAUCAAUAAAGAUUUGCUCUGAGGCUGUCAAAGCUA